GAGCGAAGUGUGCGCUGCUGCGCAGGCGCAGUGGUCGGACGACAGACCGUGUGUUUCCAAAAUGGCGGCAGCGAUGGAUGUGGAUACCCCGAGCGGCACCAACAGCGGCGCGGGCAAGAAGCGCUUUGAAGUGAAAAAGUGGAAUGCAGUAGCCCUCUGGGCCUGGGAUAUUGUGGUUGAUAACUGUGCCAUCUGCAGGAACCACAUUAUGGAUCUUUGCAUAGAAUGUCAAGCUAACCAGGCGUCCGCUACUUCAGAAGAGUGUACUGUCGCAUGGGGAGUCUGUAACCAUGCUUUUCACUUCCACUGCAUCUCUCGCUGGCUCAAAACACGACAGGUGUGUCCAUUGGACAACAGAGAGUGGGAAUUCCAAAAGUAUGGGCACUAGGAAAAGACUUCUUCCAUCAAGCUUAAUUGUUUUGUUAUUCAUUUAAUGACUUUCCCUGCUGUUACCUAAUUACAAAUUGGAUGGAACUGUGUUUUUUUCUGCUUUGUUUUUUCAGUUUGCUGUUUCUGUAGCCAUAUUGUAUUCUGUGUCAAAUAAAGUCCAGUUGGAUUCUAGAACGGA